ACCCGCACCGGCCACGGGGCGGGUAUAGGUAUCGAUUUACCCGGCCCGGACCUGCCCAUUUCCAUUCCGGCGCUUAGAUUUGGCGACGCGGAUGGAUAUUAUUCCACCUUCCGAGGCCCUUAUCUGAUAUGAAAAUGGGCCUGGUUGGAUCCACUGCAAAGUUAUUCGUCUUUCCAUCCCAGGCCCGAAGAACGAAUCCAUGGACAUGGUGCUAUUUGGGCUUUGGAUUAUACUUUAUAUAGCUCCGCCGGAGCGCCAAAUUCAUUUUUUUCCGGCAGAGAGAACUCCGGGGAUUUUUUUCCAUUUCCUGUCCGCGCAGUCUGGGGGUAACUGAACCUUCUCCUUCUCUUUCUUUCUGCGCCAAUUUCAUAUCAGCUAAAUUUGUCGGCUUCUCUUGUUUGAUGGAAAUGGGUAAGGGCUAUGUUCUGAAAAAUUGGAAUUCUAGGAUGGCGGGUAGAGUGAAAUCGAGUUUUGGUGGAUUUUUCUGUGGCUUAGGGAGUUUCAGUAACAUUUUGUUUCUGUGGAUUUUUUGACAAAGGACUGCAUCGCAACUGUUGAUCGAGUUCUGGUGGAUUUUUCUCAUGCGUAUUUCUGUUGAUUCUAGCUGGGUGACCUUACCAAAACACAUAUGAGAACCAUUGAGGUUUGAGGAGUUACUGGGUUUGACUAAUGAAUCUCUCGACUGUUUCAGGGCUUCUCUGGCUGUACAUAAUCAAUUGCACCAGAGAUAUAAGAUAAAUUAUCGAUGGCAUCUCAAGACUCUGUCAUGAUCCACACUGACCAGGUUCUUGUAGAAGAGAAGUCGUCCGCAAGGAUAUUGGUAUUAAAUAGGCCCAAACAGUUGAAUGCCCUCUCGUAUCCAAUGAUUUCUCGGCUUCUAGAGCUUUUCCUUGCUUACGAGGCGGAUCCUAAUGUCAAUCUUAUUAUUCUUAAGGGAAAUGGAAGAGCAUUUUGUGCGGGUGGUGAUGUUGCAGCCGUUGUUCAUGAUAUUCGCAAAGCUAACUGGAAGUCAGGAGCCCAAUUUUUCUCAAAGGAGUUCAUCUUGAAUUAUGUGAUGGCAACAUAUACCAAACCCCAGGUGUCGAUCCUUAACGGAAUUGUCAUGGGAGGAGGAAAUGGUGUUACUAUGCAUGGAAGAUUCCGCGUUGCAACUGAAACUUCGGUGUUUGCUAUGCCUGAAACGGCUUUAGGUCUCUUCCCUGAUGUAGGUGCCUCCUACUUCUUGUCCAGACUCCCUGGAUUCUUUGGAGAAUACGUUGGACUUACUGGAGCAAGGUUGGAUGGUGCUGAAAUGCUUGCAUGCGGCCUUGCAACUCAUUUUGUCCCUGCAACGAAAUUGAGUCUACUGGAAGAAGCACUAUACAAGGUAGAUUCAAGUGAUCCAGCCAUCAUUUCUGCAAUUAUUGACUGCUACUCUCAGAAACCAAAGUUAAAAGACCUAAGUGCUUAUAAACGUUUAGAUGUCAUUGAUAGAUGCUUCUCCCGGAAAACAGUUGAAGAUAUCUUGUCUGCGCUUGAAAGAGAAUCCAUGGAUAAGGCAGAUGAUUGGAUCAAUAACACUAUUUGGUCACUCAAGAAGGCUUCUCCAACAAGUCUUAAGAUUUCACUCCGAUCAAUUCGAGAAGGAAGGAUACAAGGUGUUGGUCAAUGCCUAACUCGGGAGUUUCGAAUGGUCUGUCAUGUUAUGGAAGGAAAGCUAAGCAAGGACUUCUUUGAGGGGUGCAGGGCCAUACUAUUGGACAAGGAUAGGAAUCCAAAGUGGGAACCUGCUAGAUUGGAGCUCAUAAGUGAGGGGAUGGUUGAGCAGUACUUCUCAAGAAUGGAUGAUGAAGAAUGGGAUGAUCUAAAGCUUCCUUCUAGGUCCAAUUUCGUGCUGCCGGGACACGCCAUAGCAAAACUCUAAGCAAGGAUUAGGAAAUGGAAUAAUGAGGAAGGGGUAUUUAUUUAGGGAGCUGGAGAUUCAGUUCAAGAAUAUAUACCCAGACAUUUCUCUUUUGUUGCUUAAGUAGUCAGUUAUGUAUCCAGAUUUGCUGGAAGGUGUAUAUAUUGUAUUUCCUAUAGCCAUACAGCUAGUGAAUAAGUGACAAACUAGACGUCAAUAAGACCAACCAAUUCUCAUAUUAUCCUACAAAUGUGGUUAUAUAUGAUAAUACAUUUGUUUAUUUGUUUUCUUUGAAUAAGUAAACAGGAAAGAUGAAAUACACCCUUGUCUAGUUAGCUUAUCGUCACCUGAUGAUACAAUUUUGGCAGCAAUGAUAGUUAGUAGCAGCAGCGUUGGUUUAAGUCCAGUCAUCAGCUACACAACAACAGCAACAAAACAAAGCAAACUUCCUGCUUGCUACUCCAAGCAGUCUCACAAUGCAAGCAGAAGAAUAAUCGGAUUAGCUCAAG